ACACGGGUCAGGAGUGUGGCGAUGAGAGGGGCCUAGUGGAGAGAGACUGUCUGAAAUCACGUACACACUCUCGACUGGCUCUACAGCACAGACUGUGUUUUUGUUAGCUCUCAGGCAACGGUGCCACGCAAGAAGAGAGGCCAGCCGAGUCGACUUUUUGGAGCGACCUUGGAAGGAAAGGGAAAGUCAAAACAAAGGCAACCGCCAUACCCAUCAGGAGAAACUCUCAAGGCAACAGGAAUAGCUUAGCAACAGAGACUCACUUCCUGCCUUGCAGACAAACAGAGCCCCGGCCCCGUGGUUCAACAUGUCACAUCCGAUAUCCUGGUGCCAGAGGUGAUGAAGCUAAUUUGGUGAGGUGCAAAGGAUCAAGCUCCUAACACCGUGUAUAUGGACAUGCAGCCACAAGGACAGCAAGCACCCAUGCCAGUCUUUCAACCCCAGAAACCAUUGCAACCAGAUAUGGGCCAUAACUCGCUGGCAAACUUUCAGAUUGAGAAGAAGAUUGGACGUGGUCAGUUCAGUGAGGUGUACCGGGCAAGGUACCUGUUAGACAACACGUCAGUGGCCCUUAAGAAAGUCCAGAUAUUCGACUUGAUGGAUGCCAAAGCUCGGCAAGAUUGCAUCAAAGAGAUAGAUCUCCUUAAGCAAUUGAACCACCCCAAUGUGAUAAAGUACCAUGCGUCUUUUAUUGAGGACAAUGAGCUGAACAUAGUCCUGGAGCUAGCGGAUGCAGGGGACCUCUCGCGUAUGAUCAAGCACUUUAAGAAGCAGAGGAGGCUUAUCCCUGAGAGAACAGUGUGGAAGUACUUUGUCCAGCUCUGCAGUGCGCUUGAACAUAUGCACUCCCGGAGAGUCAUGCACAGAGACAUCAAGCCAGCCAAUGUCUUCAUCACAGCUACAGGGGUAGUGAAACUAGGAGACUUGGGACUGGGACGAUUCUUCAGCUCCAAAACAACCGCUGCUCACUCACUAGUGGGUACUCCUUACUACAUGUCGCCAGAGAGGAUACAUGAAAACGGAUACAACUUCAAAUCUGACAUCUGGUCGCUAGGAUGCCUGCUCUACGAGAUGGCAGCCCUACAGAGUCCAUUCUAUGGGGAUAAGAUGAACCUUUACUCCCUUUGUAAGAAGAUAGAACAGUGUGACUACCCCCCUCUUCCCUCAGAUCACUACUCAGAGGAGCUGAGGAAAUUGGUAGAUAUGUGCAUCAACCCAGACCCGGAGAAGAGGCCGGACAUCGCCUACGUGUAUGACAUUGCCAAACACAUGCAGAACAUGACACAGGGCAGCUAAGCCCAGAGUUACACACACUAUAGCUUUCAGAACUCCUCCCCACUUCCCUCCUUGCUUUUCAUGCUGGACUCAUACACAUCUAUCAGCUUUUAUACAGUAACUGACUCCAGAGUUUAUCUCUUUGUGAUAAUCAGUAUGUGUAACAGUAUCAUCAAAGUGAGGGUACAGUCUAAAACAUGACUGCUGCCCAAACCUUUUCUGCCCCAGUAUAAAGAUUGUAGAGAUUUUACUUUUUUGUCAGAUGGACCUCCCAUUCCUUAGGCUUCAAUAAUGUUACAGUACUGAAAAUCAGUGUAUUGUAGCUAUGUUUUUUUCGUGUAGUGAAGUAAAGCUGUUCUUCAGCAGCUACUAUAAGCAGAUGCUAUUUAAAGCAGAUGUACUGGACAAUUACAAAAUUAUUAGGUUAGGUGUUACCAGCAAAACAGUUAAUCAAUGCAGAUAUCCUUAAAAAUGACCUCAUAGGCUUAUGUUGGGUCUCAUGAGACCUAUGGUCAGUGAAUAGUAUAAAAUAAAACCAUAAAAAUGUUGAAUGAGAACAAUGGUUAAAUUGGAGUGUAGAGAUCUUCACUCAAUGGCAGAAAGAGAGAGAGAUAGAGAUGUAACAGAGUGUUAUUAAUGGUUGAUGCAUUGUUUUGUUGCACUUUUUACCCUGGUACUGGAAGGCUGGCAGGGUGAUCAUGUCUAAUGAAUGUAUUAGGGAAGGAAGAAUCAGUUAGAGGGUAGACUCUAUGCAUGCUGGGUGGGGGGGAUGUAAGUCAUUUUGACACCUAUGUAUUGUAUUUGGAAAAUUCAGAAUGUCUUUUUUUUGACAUCCUAGAAGGAGUGGUAGAAGCAGUUUGCUCUUUACCUUUGACACAAACACCAAAAUAAUUCCUCCUUGGUUCAGCCAAAGCAAGGUAUACUGCUAUUACAUUUUGAGAGUUUUUUAAUGGGAAAGUCACAAUAAAGACAUGGAAAGAAGGUCCAAGUCAAAACACAUAGUUCUCAUCAUGGUCCAGUGGAUGCAUUUGACGCACCAGAAUUCUGUGUUAAUGUUGCUGUGUGCGUUUCCAGUGUAGUUUUCAUGUUAAGUAACAAAUCUGUGCGAGAUAGCAGAUCCUUGACUUGUGUAACCAUCCACAGCAUGAGUGAAUCAAAGCGUAACUACGUAACAGUGUAACUAUGUCCUUAGUUUAAUUACCAAAGAAAAUAUAUAUAAUCUUUUAUGAAAAGUAUAUCAAGACUUGAAAAAAAAAACAAGCACCAUUGGGACUCAUUUUAUUUUACUGUACAUAGUGAAGGAGUUCCUAUAGUUUAAAUACUGUAAGGUUUUAGUGACCCCUUUUGCAGUGAAUAGGUUUACACCAGUGGGUCACAAAUGAUUAGCACUGACUACCACUGGUUUACAUAAUGACAAUGAUAAGUAAACAAUGAUUGAUAAAGCUUUAUUUCAGUGUCUUAUGAAUUCUCUUUUACCAUAUAAAAUAGCCUUUUAAACGUUCGUUAUUACAGAAAUUAUUGUACAUGUCUGCCCAUGUUUUUCAUGUUUUUUUUUUUAAAUUAACAUUUAAUAACAUGUGUUAUAAAAAAAAUCAACGCAUAUAGGUGCAAGGAAAUGUAAGUUAUUUUGUUUUGGUCAACAGAAUAUUGUGAUAGUUUGUUGAUAGUAGUUAUUUGUCUGAAACUUGUUUGCAGUUCUUGUUUUCAAUUGUACAACUUGUCCUUUUUGUUGUUCCUUUAUAUUGCAUUUAUCUCCCACUGCAGUAAAAUGUUUUCCAUUUCAGUAAUUAUCUUAAGUUUUCUCUACACCCAGUGUGCUGUGUAUCUUCUUUCCCUAUGCUCUCUAAACGAGAGUUUCUGUAUAGCUCUGAAACUUUUUGUAUUGCUUUAAAGCAUUUUUAGAUAUUUAGUUUUGAUGCUAUACAGAACUCCCUAAAGAAAUUGGUCAUAUUUAACAGCAAAAUACCAAAAAUGCCUUUUCUUUUGUUUUGGCUAAUCAUUUACACUGAUUUCACAAUGACAAGGCACCAUAGUGAGUUAUUAGGAAAAUGGUCCAGAAAAGAUGUAAUAGAUAUUGAAUGGCUGUAAUUUUAUCAUAUGAUGUCAGAAGACAUUUCAGUGUAAUUUAAAGAGGUCCUAUUAUGCUCAUUUUCAGGUGCAUAAUUUUAUUUAGGAGUUGUACCAGAAUACAUUUACAUGGUUGCACAUUUUCAAAAAACACCAUAUUUUUGUCAUACUGCACAUUGCUACAGCACCUCUUUUUUACCCUUUAUGUCAAACACUCCGUUUUAGCUACCGAGUGAAGCAUCGCACUUCUAUUUAAUCUUUGUUGGGAGUUGCACAUGCGCAAUAUCUAUGUAAGGACUAUUAGCCAAUGGAAAGGAGAUGAGGGCGGGUCCUGUCAAGUGUGAUCCAUACCUCAUAGUGUGGGUAUCUAACAUUGUUUUUAUUUUGGUAGGUGAGCAUUAUAACUCAUGUUACAGAGUAUAUGGAAGUAAAGGCAGUUCAGGAGCAGUGUAUCUGUGGGAGAUGGUAGCUCCCUUUGGGGGUGGGCUUUUUCACUUUGCAAACCUAUUACAUGCACAAAAAAGAUAUAUAACACAAUAAAGGGAAGGGGAAACGCAUAAUAUGACCUCUUUAAUGUCUUGCCUUCUUUUAAAACCAAAAGCAUACACCUUGUGUUUAUCAGUUACCUUGUUAGUAAAGAAUUAUGCAAUAUGAGGUGCAGUCAGGUUGCAUUGCCUUAAAACAUUCUGUAUCUGUGGACUAAUGAUUAUGUUCUCUGUUUACACACAGAAAUGGAGAUCCAGGUUUUUCUGUUUUAUAUCCUCAGUAGAGGGUUGUUCAUAACACACAUUGCUAAGUCACUUUAAGAAUUGUGACCAUUUUGUGGUAGGGAGUGUUUUUUCUUUAUGUAACAUAUACCUGCUCUCCUGUGUCCCAGCCUUUUACCUCCACUCAGUUUACUUUUCCACCGUCCUUCUAAAGUAGUUACGGAGGAGUCCAGAGGUUUUCCAGAAUGUCAAAUAUUGGAAUUAAUAUUUAUUGUUUUGGGAGUUUAGUUGUUCUCUUAACAUUACAUGUCAAGUUAAAGGCCCUCAUCACAAAUGCCUUGUAUGUCAACUAAAUGCAAUAAAGCUUUCAAAUUUC